AACAAUCUUUCAUAUCAGUUCAUACGAGACAAUGGGACUUGACUCCGAUAAUCGAGCUGCCAAUUGUGACCAUCUCAAAGCAGCACACGCCAAACUCACAUCACUGCUGGAGACCUGUAAACGAGUGAUGGAAGAGGACAGGAAAUGUAAGAACGUGUCCGCGCGAGAGCAACUUCGACACAUUGGCCACUUCGUCCGAGCACUGGAUUCAUCGUUGUACUCAUCCGAUAUAAAUGAGCUCUUCAUAUACUGUGACUACUUUGAUGAAGAGUUCAAGUCGCAAGUGAUGGAAACCAAGGUUCAUCUGCACGAGGAGAUUCAACAAAUCAAUCAGCUUAUCGACGAACUGCAUGAAAAUAUAAUGGAGGAGCGGAAGCGGGUCGGCACAUUGCUGAGGGAAAUCUCCGAACUGAAAGCAUCACGAAGGCAACAUCGUACACGAACACGAAAUCAAGUUCCUGUAUACGCCUGUAAAGAGCAACCCGGUCCAUCAGGCUGUUCUUAUUGGGAUAUUCGAUUGUCUUGUGACAUUGACAAUGAUGGUAAUUCUGCUUUCAUGAUUUUGGAAGAAUGAAGGAAUAUCCAAUGCUCCAUUUAUUUAGAGUAGACUCGCAGUCAUGUAUCUAAUCUAGUUAGCAUUUCUCAUGCCUACUGUACACAUUCGUUUCAAAUAAGGUCAUUGAGAACUGCGCAAGCUUGACGUUGCUUGUUUUCCAAUAUGUUUAAUCACCCUGUUUUACAAAUUCGUCGAACACCUUUGGAUUUCAUGUAUCAAGAUUCAGAAUUUUGAAGCACCAUUUAGGCAACUGUUUAGGUCU